AUGGAAAAUAGUCAGAAUGCCAAUAAAAUAUGCCAAUGGUAUUGUUGUUCGUGUGGUCAAAGUUAUGGUUCGAUAAUAUACAAGGAAAAUAUAGAAACGGAGAUUACUGAAGAAAAGGAGGAUGACAUCUUGAUCAAGAAGUUAAAAUACUACAGCCAAAUAUUGUACAGUGGUGGCAAUCCUUCAUAUUCCAAGUACGAGUAUUUGAAUGGUUCCAAAAACUUGAGGACUCCAGAAGAAAGAGCAAAUGUAAAUUAUUUUGAGCCAAUAAGGCGUCGCUCAAGUAGUAUGACUGAUAUUAGUGACUUCAAGGACCGUAUGGGUGAUUCAGAACCAGUGCACCACACGAUAUCUACCUUUGCAUCAUCUUGCACUUCACCAAGUGUUUCGCCCGUUCCUGGGUUGUUCGAAUAUAAUAAUAAGGUGGCUGUUUGCAUUCCAACAAGGUUUAAUUGCCAUCGAUGUAACCAUAUGAUGUGUCCGUAUUGUCUAAAGAUACGUUUAAAGGACCUAGACAACUAA